UUCUGCUGUGCCAUUUCCGUUCGUCAGAAUUUUCGGGAUGAUUCGCGAGUGAGGACGUACAACGAAAUAAAUAAGAAAAAAACUGAAAAGUGGACGGAAGCAGCCACGUGGUCCCGAACGAAAAUAUCCUUGGGAGGGAGCAACUACGUGGAUCGUGCAAGGAUAUCAUCUCCAGCCGAUACGGGGCAGCGACGCAUUGAGGGUACGCCGGGAAAGGUGGAGGAGUACGCUGCUUACGGCAGCGUACCGGUACCGGAAGAACCGGCGCCGAGGCUGGUGGAAGACAACGCGAGGCGGCCAUCAUUAUACGCGAACGGCGCUGCUCAUCGCGAGGAAAACAGCUGGUGGCCGGGCGAGCAGGGUGGAGGGAGUCACGCGAUAAGGGAGCGUGAUAAUAACGCCGCGGUGGCGGGUGAGCUAGUUUACAUCAGGAGCUACUUGGACAUGGCGAGUUACUUGACGGCGGCAAGCGCGACCUGCCCCUCAACCGGAAACCCUCAUCAAUACCACCCCCACGGGCAUCCCGCCAUGGGGGUUGGCACCCAUCCGCAUCCUCAUUCUCACUCGCACCCGGGUGCGCCGCGUCCCGCUUUGCCGUCGCCUUUUGCCCUCGCUCCACACGGCCAUCCACACGGCCAUCCGCUCGAACAUGGACUGGCGGCUGCGUUUCCACAAGAAAUACAACAAAUUCCUUGUACAGCAAGACAACAAAUGAAUUAUCCUCAAAUCGGCUACAAGAGUACCAGAAACAGGGUUCAGAGAUACCAGCCGUAUGACUACGCUUUAUUCAACAGAGGUAUGAAUCAACGCAAACAGCGUCGCGAGAGGACGACCUUCACUCGGGCUCAACUGGACGUGCUGGAGGGGCUAUUCACGAAAACGAGAUAUCCGGACAUCUUUAUGCGUGAAGAGGUUGCCCUGAAGAUCAACCUGCCAGAAUCGCGGGUCCAGGUCUGGUUCAAGAAUCGCCGAGCCAAAUGCAGACAGCAGCUCCAGCAGCAGCAGCAACAGCAGCAGCAACAGCAACAGACCCCACCGUCGAAAGGUUCGCCGCGAUCGAAUCAGAAUCACAGCAACAGUAGCACCGGCAGCAGAAUAUCGACGAGUUCGUCGACGACCCCGAGCAGACGAUCCUCGCCGGACUCACCGGCGCAAGGUAGAGAAGCGCCGGUGGCGGGCAACUCGCCCUUGUCGACGCCGCUCCUAUCCACGCAAUCGACGUAUCCUCGAGUCGGGACGACGCUGACUGGCGGCAGCGGGGCCAACAGCAACCUGACCACACCGUCGCCGCCGUCGACACCGAGUUCCAACCAGCUGCAACCGUCGUCCUAUCCGCCCGCGAUGAAUCAGAUCCAUCACGGCGACGCGUACGGCUUCACUUGGGGCUCGGGGGCACCAGCUUCAGUAAAUCACAGUCAGUACGCCGGACAGGGCUACAACGCCUACGCCCAGCCGCCCUACAGCGGUACAGCGGAUUAUUAUAACGCUCAGAUCCCUCAUAUGCACCACAGUCCGCAAGCAAACUAUCAUCAUCCGCAGUACCAUCCGAACAUGACGCUCACCUCGUCCAUGUCGCAUCUAACCAGUCAUCAUUUGAACCCGGUGACUAGUCAGAGUCAGGCCUCCAGCAACGAUAUAGCGGCGGCCGCCGCCGCCGCUGCUGCUGCUGCCGCUGCGUCGGGCGACGACGCCACUGGUUACGUCCUACCCGAUCAGAAGUAUCCGUCAUUGGUAUAGCGGUCAGGCAGGUCCUCCGGGAUCUUUCAGCGGAACCAGGAGAUUGCGAGCGCCAGUUCGUCAAUGUCCUCCUACCGCUGGCGACUGAACACAGCAAUCUGUCACGAGGUCAACGGUAAUCUCGAUUCCGACGACAAUUGACUUUCCGAUACGCAGCUUGUCGCGAUGCUUGACGCGGUUUAGAUCAUUAUCGGCGGCUCCGGAUUGCACGGAUAAAUUGUUAUUCUUGCAUACUUUGUACGGACAUUUACGUCUCUGGCAUACAGGAGUGUCUUCCGAGGCGACAAUCGCCAUUGCGAUUAAAUUGCAGAUUUUUCUUGUCAAAUUUUUCUUAUUGUUAGAAUAUUAGUUGGUUAAGAUGUAAAUAAAAUAUAACAGAGUGUAAAAUAAAAAAUAAAGAUUGCUUAAAUUGUCAUAAUAUCCUCUUUCCCUGUUUUUAUAUUCACGCUAAAUGCAGAGAAAAUGUGAUAUUAUGUUUUUUUUUAAAUCGUUAUUUGAAAUAUCGAGAUAAUCUGUAAAUUUCGAUGAGAAUAGAAUAUAUGAUCGUCUUGUUAUUGUCAUCUGUACAUUAUUUAUUAAUAUUUCAGAUUAGUAUUUUAGCUUUCGGAAGAAAGUUGCAGAGUUUAAGAAAAUAAUAUGUCUAUAAAUGGUGCUAUAAUUUUCAACAGUAUCUUAUAGAUAUUUCAAAGCUUACUUUCAAUAGAUAUGGAUAAAAUCAAAAGUAAAAUUAUAAAAAUACAUAAUGCGUACAAACCAUAUUUUUUUUACAAUUGAUAUUCUCUUAUUUGAUUAUAAAUAACAGGUGUCAACGCACAGGUGUCCACCAUCGCUAUGCGAAUGUUUCAUUCACCGCUAACAACAAUUUUUUAUUUCUCUCCUCUUUUCUGGGAUUCAAAAUUUUUUAUUACAAGAUGAAUUUGUUUUUAUUCCGAGCUUUUUGAAAUAUCUCUUUAGAUAAAAUCAGCGCCAGACAUAUUUAAAAUAUAUUUUUGAAAUAUUGCAGCUGUUAUAUAUAAUAAAUAUUCAUAUAUAAUGCUCGUAACACAAAUAUUUUUUUGUGAUGUUUUAUCGACACUCCUGUGCAAGAGGCUACGUCAUAAAGAAUAUUUAAAAUUAUUAUUUAAAAAUGAACAUUUUCAAUAAUGAAACGCGAUCCAAACGCUAAAAGUCCAAGGAAUCGAGUGUAGACAAUCGACAGAGUACUAAUUCACAAUUAUCAAUUUUUGUUAAAUCAAAUUUUCAAAUUGACAGUUUUUCGAACUGUAGCGUUCUUUUUCAUCAUAAAUAUAUAAAAAAAAAAUUUACAGUCGUGUCGCAUAUUUAACGCUUGUCCAAAUUUGAGUUCUGUCUAAACGGCAUAUUCUUUAGACAAAUAUUUCGUAUGUUUCAACAAAGAUAAAUGGAUUUAGCAGUAGAUGUGGAUUACGAUUGUGGAGCUUGAUCAACCGAUGUCCGUCUAUUGGAAAAUUGAUUGAAAAUUCAAAUUUUACUUCAACGAAGAAAGUAAAAGAGGAAAAAACUUGAAUUCUUUUAAACAAAAGAUAAUCAAUCUCAAAAAUGGUUCGAAGUUUUCCAAAAGCGGGAAGUUUGCGCGCACCAUGCAUCAGAAUUUGUUUUAAGGUUUAAUCUAUGAUAUGCUUUACUUUCUUAAGAUUGAAAGACGAGUACUCAUCACUGCCGUCUUUAUCUCAUUGGUGUUAUCAUUGCGAUUUUUAUUAUUGCAAUUAACAUUGUAUAGAUAAUUAUCCAUAUCAAGUACGGCCAGUGUAGCCGGAAGAUUUUUGUAAAUAAAGAUGAUGAAUAUAAGCGCGUGAAUGAGAGAGGAGAAAAAGUGAAGAAAAAGAUUCGGAUUUCUAUCACGAGAGAAAUCUCGAAUAUAUUUGUCGCGAGUAUGAGGUGAGAAUUGCCUCACCAGAGAGUCUUGUUACAUAGCCGUUUCUUUCUGUAUUAUGAUACUCGUCGUCCACUCGAGGGACAUAAACAGCGCGAAAAAGUGCGUGCCGCGCUGUUUUUCGUGCGAUAACUUCAUUAUCGUAAUGUGUUUUAUUGAGAAAAAAAAGAAAAGUAUAUACGAGAAUGCCUGCUUAAUCGUGAGUGUAUAUUUCGUGUAUACUACCUAAUGUAUAUUAUCGUGAAGCUUCUAGAGGAUAUAUAUAAUUAAAAGAUAAAAAAGAUAUAUCAUUAAAAUUAACGAUAGAAAGAUGAUAAAGCCGUAAUGGAUAUUAUGGGCGUACAUAGAUCUAAGCUACUUUGUAAUAUGCAAAUGUACAUAAAAACGUAUAUCUCUUGUAAGAUACAUGAUUGUUCUAUCAUGUGCGAAGAGAAUCUUCCUACGUCAGAA